AUGAGGACGGCCCUGACGGGCACGGCCUACUACCUCGACGCUCUUGUGCUCGCACCUGGCAUGCAUCAGCUGGUAACGAGUAUUGGGCGCACUGGACACCUCGUUACCGCUAAGGUAACCCCAAACCCGUCCCUCGACGAGAAGAUGUCCCGAAACAAUCGUCGAAUCCAGUCCUUCGUCGUCGCUGGGAUUCCCGCGGUUGUGCUCUACCUCCUGUGCCCGGUAUUGACCAUUGCCGUGUUUGCACUACUGGGCGUUAUCGAGGACUGGUGGGGAUUUGGGGUGCUGUGGAUGCUUGUGUUGGCCAGGCUGAUUAAUGUGGUCAUCAUUAAGCAGAGAAGCAUCAUGGGAUGGAAGGGUGCUCACGAGGACGAUGAUGGCGACCUUCUCAUCCUGCUGAGUCAGGAUCGCUGGGUGCGCUUGCGGGGAUCGAUAGAUGGUCUUAAGGCUGUGACGGCGGGCCAGUGGUUGCGGGAGAUGACUGACAUAGAGAGCUUCGCCGUCGCAUUUGCAACGUUUUCGACGGGGAGCCUGCUUAUCGCAGGUUUACUGCUUUCCUCCGUCGCCCUCUUGGGCCUUUGCAACUCCAUGACAAAGUGUUUGCAAAUGUACGAUCUCAUUGUGCGUGUGGAAGGAAAGCCGAAGUGGUAUGAGCGGAGGUUGGACAUGGUGAAAGAGCUAGUUAAAGAGACGGGCAGGAAGGACUGGGCCAUUUGCAUGAGGCUCAUGGUUGAAGAAGACUCUCCACAGGCGGUUUCUCCUUGA